ACCUAUUUUAGUAUACUAUUUUUAUUUUUAAUCCACCAGUUGAAGAUAUCACUGUAUUGAGUCUUUGCUUACUCUUUAUGGAUUAAUUGAUGACAAAGUUGUGAGGUGUAGCUAUUAAAACAGUUUGCACUGUACGAAACACAAAAGAUCGUUUUUUUUGUUUGUUUGUUUGUUUUUUUUAUCUCUGAUUACAUUUAAAUGUGAAAUUUUGUUUUCAUCAAUGGUAAGAGAAUGUUAUUCUAGAAGCGUUUGCAGUGUAAGUACAAGCAUGCUUCUGCAUCGUAUAAAUACCGUUGUUCAUGGAACAAUGGGCCACAUUACACCUCACGUUUCUCUCACGUUUCCUGUACAGUGAAUCUGUAAAACUGUACAGAUGAGCCGACUCUCCAUCCUGCUUAAUUUCAGGAAGUUAGGACCUACAGAUGGCUCUCCUAUAUCCCCAGUCAAUUGGAUUGCCUUGCCUUUCUUGCCAAGACAAUAGCCAAGAACAUGAGAACAUAUACUCUGGAUGUUCCUUCCUGUAACUGUGAUCUAUCUGAGAUUUUGAAUUUUUGGUGAUUUAGGAUAGUUAACAUUGCAUAGCUUAGGAUAAUAUAAAAACUUUGCUGUAAUGUAUUGUUAAGUCCUGCCUCUCUGGUGGGUUGGAGAGAACAGUAAGGGUCUAUUUUGUUGUCACUGAAUUCCAGGUUUAUUUUCUCCGUGCAUUUUGUUAACAUUUAGUUGGUGCUACUUUGGACAAGAGGAGGCAGUGAUGGACCAAAGGGUGUGAUUAGGACCAACCCAGCUGCCGCCCUCCAGUGAACUCUGACCCCCAGGUGCCAUCUGACUCAGGGAUACGAUGGGGCUCCUUUUCUUUCACCCCGGCCCACUCUUCUUCGUCUUCUUUUUCCUCCUCCUCCUGUGCCACCCCUGCAUUUCCAUCAGGCCUCAAGUCCUGGAGCGAGCGUCUGCGCCUGAACAAUCUCAGUCCUCUGACAACUCCACAGAGUCUGAAAAGAAGAAAUGUGCAGGUGUCGUGGUGUGUAAACCCGGCAUUCUGCUGCCAGUCUGGGAGCCUCUUGACCCUCCAGUUGGGGAACAAGCAGGGAGGGCGAUUGUGUACUUCCUCUCUCUCAUGUACAUAUUCCUUGGAGUAUCCAUCAUUGCAGACCGCUUCAUGGCAUCCAUAGAAGUCAUUACAUCUCAGGAGAAGGAGGUGACCAUUACCAAACCUGAUGGGGAAACCACGGUGAAAACCGUGCGGAUCUGGAAUGAAACCGUGUCCAACCUGACACUCAUGGCCCUGGGCUCCUCCGCACCAGAGAUCCUGCUCUCUGUUAUUGAGGUGUGUGGACACAACUUCAAUGCUGGGGAGCUCGGCCCAGGCACCAUAGUCGGCAGUGCGGCCUUUAACAUGCUUGUGAUAAUUGGUCUGUGUGUGUCAGUAAUUCCAGAUGGACAGUCUCGCAAGAUCAAACACCUGCGAGUGUUUUUUAUCACAGCUUUCUGGAGCAUCUUUGCAUACAUUUGGCUCUACCUCAUUCUGGCCGUCAUCUCCCCAGGGAUUGUUGAGGUUUGGGAAGCUGUAGUAACACUGCUGUAUUUUCCCAUCUGUGUGAUGUUGGCUUGGAUCGCUGACCGCCGCCUGCUCUUUUACAAAUACAUGCAUAAGAGAUACCGUGCCGACAAGAGGCAUGGGAUUGUAGUGGAAAUGGAGGGGGACGAUUCCCCCCCACGCAUUGAUGUUAUCAUGGACAGAAAGCUGUCAGACGGCAGUCCAGGCCCUGGAAACUCCUCUAGUGUGACUGUGUCUGUGCAGACAGGCAGUGAGCUGGACCAGAACAAAGAUGAGGCAGUCCGCAUCUUGAAAGAUCUGAAGGAGAAGCAUCCAGAUAAAUACCUGGACGAGCUGAUCGAGAUGGCCAACUACUCUGCCCUGGUCCACCGGAAGAAGAGUCGUGCCUUUUAUCGUGUCCAAGCAACACGGAGGAUGAUUGGUGCUGGAAACAUUUUAAAGAAGCACGCCGCAGAGCAGAAACGCCGCGCGUCGGGACAAGAUGCGGACAAGGCGACAUGCUCACAUAUCUGUUUUGAAAGCGUCCAGUACCAAUGCACAGAGAACUGUGGCUCUGUGACCCUGUGGGUGGUUCUCGAUGGAGGCACAGGCCAAAACACGUUCUAUGUGGACUACUGUACAGAAAACGGAUCUGCCAACGCUGGAUCAGACUAUGAGUUCAACGAGGGAACUCUGACAUUCAAACCAGGGGAAACCCGAAAAGAGAUCAAGGUGGGGAUUUUGGAUGAUGACAUGUUUGAAGAGGAUGAACAUUUCUUUGUGCGUCUUCAAAAUCUGAGGUUAGAGGAGGGAGGGAGUGAAGGGACCGGUUCUCCGCCCAAGGCUACACUGGUGGAACCUCUUCUGGCCACAGUCACCAUACUGGACGAUGACCAUGCUGGGAUCUUUACCUUUGGGCAGCAGGUGCUGCGAGUGAGUGAGAGCACUGGCAUGCUAACGGUGACAGUGUUGAGGAACUCGGGCUCCAGGGGCACAGUGGCUGUGCCGUACCAUACUGAGGAUGGUAGUGCCAAGGCUGGAGUGGACUAUGAGGAGGCCAGAGGGGAGGUGGAAUUCACCAAUGAACAGACAAGUCAGACAUUACAGAUAUGCAUUUUAAAUGUGGAGGAGUACGAAAAGCAGGAAAACUUCUUUGUUGUGCUUGAAGACCCCCAGUGGCUGAAGAGAGGAAUUUCUGCUCUACUACUGAACCAGGGCAACCCAACUCCUGAGGAGGAAGAGGCCAGGAGGAUUUCUGAGAUGGGCAAACCUAUUCUAGGAGAGCACAGCAGACUAGAAGUCAUCAUAAAAGAAGCCUGUGAUUUUAAGACUCCCAAUGGAGUCAUAGACCAGAACACUGUGGAUCAUCUCCUCCAAGACACAAAUCUAGCAGAAGUGAUUGGGACUCACUCAUGGAAAGAGCAGUUCAUUGAAGCAGUCACAGUGAGUGCAGGUGAUGAUGAUGAGGAGGGACAGGAGCAAAGAACGCCCAACUGCUUCGACUAUUUUAUGCACAUACUUUGCGUUUUCUGGAAAAUUUUAUUUGCUUUUGUCCCGCCCACCGAGUACUGGAACGGCUGGGCGUGCUUCAUUGUGUCCAUCUCUGUCAUCGGCCUCCUAACCGCCAUCAUCGGAGACCUGGCGUCGCAUUUUGGCUGCACUGUUGGCCUCAGAGACACUGUGACUGCUGUGGUCUUUGUGGCGCUGGGGACUUCACUUCCUGACACUUUUGCCAGUAAAGUGGCUGCCACUCAGGACCAGUAUGCAGACGCGUCCGUGGGAAACGUGACGGGAAGCAACGCAGUCAAUGUGUUUUUGGGCAUUGGCCUGGCCUGGUCCGUGGCUGCGGUGUACUGGGAAGUGAAAGGGAAGGUCUUCCGCGUCGACCCUGGUUCCCUGGCCUUCUCGGUCACACUCUUCACUAUUUUUGCGUUCUUUAGCAUGGGAGUGCUGAUGCUACGCAGGAGGCCGUCCAUAGGAGGCGAACUCGGGGGUCCAAGGAUUCCCAAGGUCCUCACCUCGCUGCUCUUCUUCGGACUCUGGUUCCUGUACAUCCUCUUCUCCAGCCUGGAGGCCUAUUGCCAUAUACAAGGAUUCUGAGAGAGUCAUAAGGUCACACUUACAGACCCAGAACUGUGACAGUAACUACCAAUAGGAAUCCAUCAGCCUCACCGUUUGACUCCUGCUGCCAUGGUUUAAAACAUAUACACAACGUGUGACUAUUCUAGUCAGUAGGACUCUUUGUCACAAUACAAAUUCAUUUCUUUUAAAUAUAUUAGAUUAUAGUUAAUUAUAUUAUGCAUAAAGGGUAUAGGCAGACAAAUAUUUCUGAUUAUUAAAAUAAUGCUAAUAGUUCACAUCCAGACUUAAAGUUGGGGAUUGUCUCCACUCACACGUAUAAAGCCAAGGAUGCUGGUAAAAUGUGGUUUGCACAAAGCUAUGGAGGACCAAAACUGACAUAAGAAAUAAAAGCAUAAAUAUAUAUUUAGUUUUUCCUUGUCCUUACACAUGAGUUUCCGUCAAGAAAUGUAUAUAUUUUCUUUUUCAUUUCCACUAAACGUGUUUUUGUCAAGAGAAGUAGAUAUUUUGUUUUGUCGUUUCAUUAUACAAGCCCUCCUUCUUUUGUCAUUGCCUCCUCUCAUUUUUCUGUUUGUCCGUUUUCUACUUGAUUGUCUACUUUUUCUAACCAGUGAUUAUGUAAAAGAAACAUUCGUAGCUAAUGAUAAUCAAAAAGAAACGGCUUGUUUAAAAGCCCAAGGCUUUUGCCAAAAGAAUACAUCUUAUUUGAUCCAUGAUGGGAAUCUAAUCGCGGCUGAUGGCUGCAGAACUCCAUCGGAAUGUUUCAAAACAUUCUGUGGGAAAAUAGCUGAGAACAGACAUAGCACAGGAAAAGCGGGUUUGGACUAACCAUUAAACUCACAUUCAUUUCAGGCAGAUGGCAGCAUUAUGGACUGUGGAAGAGUUUGUCACUCUGAACGUUCAGAGUGACAAACUCUUCCACAGUCCAUAAUGCUGCCAUCUGCCUGAAAUGAACACAACAUGCAUUUCACUGGAUUAAAUCAGGGGCUAAAUGAAAGUAAAUAACUAAAGGUAAAGUUAAAAGAUGUGAAGUUCAUUACUUUCUCGGGCUGCAAGACCGUAUGGAGCUGCUCACAAUCAUUAACAAGCUACUUGGUUCAUACAUGCAACUGUAUUUCAUGUCACAGUCAGGGUGGGAACACAUGUACCCGUAGAAAUGGUAAAAAGAAAAUACACCCUCUAAAGUCUGUGGCUUUCCACUUCAAAAACGGACAAUGGACAAUUGGACAAUUCAGUGUUGUUUUUUAUUCACUUUAUUCGCUACACAUUGCAUUAAUUAUACAUUAAAUUUAAAAAAAUGAUAGAGGGUGUACUUUUUAAAAUCAUGAUUGUAAACUCAGACAUUUCCAUUCACUCAUCAUGCAUGUCAUAUUAACAUUGAGCUUUAAAGUAUUUAUGUGAGCAAUUUUUUUCCCAAGUAAUAUCAACAAUAAAAAAGACCUGGGUGCCCAAGUUUUAAUUGAUUGUGGAUUUUUCUUAGACCACACAGGUCAUGAAUAUGAAUACAAGCUCAAAUAUAUACAUACACAAUAAAUAAUAUAUGGAUGAAUGUCCCAGUCUUGGUGCCCCUCAGCCUAUAAUUCCUGAAUUAUUUCCUUCGUCUGACGCUACCAGUUUGACCGGCCCUUGGCUCAACCAUACAAGAAAAAACAUGUCCAGAAUGUUUAAAAGCUGGGUGAAACCAAGAAAAACCAAUACAUGUAAAUUAAUUUACCAUUUCUGGUAAUAAGGAUUGUAAAAUGAAUGGUGCCCCAUUAAGUUGAAGCUCAGAAUAAUAAUUACGCCUAUGAUUUCUACAUGUAAAAGUCUGACUGUCACUACAUAUCCACUGAUCUAUUGUUUAUACCCACUUAUUUAAACUAAAAUGGAAAUAAAGUUCAUUUAUUCUGAAAUUU